GAUAACAUCUGUUUCAGGUCUGUUGGAUUUCAGGAUUCCUGCGCCAUUGAGUUCUUGUCAAACGCAGGUGAAGGAGCCAUUACGGGUCGAGCUGCACAUUAGACUAUGCAAGAAUUCAGAAUCAGAGGAACACUGUACACGCUUUAAUCUGGGGUGGAAAUGUUCUGUAAAUCCUUAUUGCGAACUGGAAGUCUUACCAUAUGCAGAACCCGGACAUGUUUUGAACUGAGUUCAGUGGCUGUAUCUCUUCUCAAAAACAACAGCAGCAAAAGACAGUGCUCGUCAUCCAGCGGUUUAGCGAAUAACACAUUGAAAAAGAUGGAGGAGUUGCACGGGCCAAGCUUCCUCACGUCUUUGUACUGGCUCUUCGGCAAAGGCUAUUUUGACAUAACGCACGAAAUGCAAAUUGAGCACAAAAAGAUCUACGGCCCUCUGUGGAAGUCCAAGUACGGUCCUCUGGUGGUUGUGAACGUGGCGUCGGCAGACCUGAUUGAGCAGGUGCUCCGGCAGGAGGGCAGGCUCCCGGUCCGGAGUGACAUGCCUCACUGGAGGGAGUACCGGCAGCUGCGCAGACAGGCCUACGGGCCCCUCACCGAAAUGGGUCCUGAAUGGCAGCGAAUCCGCAGCAUACUGAACCCCAGGAUGCUGCAGCCCAGGCACGUAUCCAACUACUCCCCUGCCAUCAACCAGGUGGUGACGGACUUCACCCGGAGGAUCCAUCGGCUCAGGGAUGAGCAAGGGGGCGGGCUGCUGGUCAACGACAUGGCCGUGGAGCUCUACAGGUUUGCAUUUGAAGGUAUUUGCUCAGUCCUGUUUGAAACCCGAAUGGGCUGCCUUAAUGACCACGUCCCUGAAGAAACUCAGAAGUUCAUUGAGUCUGUGGGCGAGAUGUUCCGCCUGUCAUCGGUGGUCGUGCUCUUCCCCAAAUCCCUCUGGCCCUACCUGCCCUUCUGGAAGCACUUUGUGGUAGUCUGGGAUCAUCUCUUCAGAAUCUCCAAGAUGCUGAUUGACAACAAGGUGAAGGAGAUCGAGGGAAAGAUAGAGAAAGGUGAGCCGGUGGAAGGGGAGUACCUAACCCACCUGCUGACCAGUGACAAGAUGUCAGUGACAGAGAUCCAGGGCAGCAUCACAGAGCUGCUGCUGGCUGGGGUGGACACGACGUCCAACACUGUCUGCUGGGCUCUGUACCACCUGGCUCGAGAACCGGAGAUUCAGGAGACGCUUUACGAGGAAGUGAAGAGUGUGUGCCGGGGAGACAAAAUACCAACGGCAGAAGACAUUGCCAAGAUGGCGUGGUUAAAGGCAACAGUUAAAGAAACACUACGGAUGUAUCCAGUGGUUCCAGGUAAUGCCCGGGUCAUUGUCGAUAAUGAAAUAGUAGUCGGGGGAUACCUGUUCCCCAAGGAGACCCUUUUCCACCUCUGCCACUACGCUGUGUCCUAUGAGGAGAGCAACUUUCCUGAGCCGCACGUCUUCCGCCCAGAGCGCUGGCUCCGCGGGGAGGACAGGUGGAAGCAGCACCCGUUCAGCUCCAUUCCAUUCGGGUUUGGAAUUCGGGCCUGUUUGGGGAGGAGGGUGGCUGAGCUGGAGAUGUACUGUGUGCUUUCAAGGAUGAUUAAACAGUUUGAAGUGCGUCCAGAUCCCUCUGGGAUGACAGUGAAGGCAAAGACCAGGACGCUGCUGGUUCCUGGAACUCCGAUCAACCUGCAGUUCCUGAACAGGAAAUAGAGGAACCCUUUUUUGUGUGUGUGUGUGUGUGUGUGUGUGUGUGUGUGUCUAUUUUUAAUCCCAUACAAUAAAGGCAUGUAGCAUGUUUAGUUAAUGAUGGAAGUUCAAAGCUGUGGCGAGAGCUCUGAUCCAAUUGCUGGGCAUUGAUCUUUCAUUGAUCUUCCAUUAGUGUUACUGGGCAUUGAUCUUCCAUUGAUCUUCCAUUAAUGUCACAGGUUUUACUCGAAAUGGUUUGCAUUGAUCUUCCAUUAAUGUCACGGUUUUACUCGAAAUGCUUUACAGCUAACAAACUCAUUCUAGAACUCUUAGCUGUCAUGCGCAUCCUUUGUAUUUCCCUUUUGAAGAUGCUGUGUGUUGCUAUCCUGUUCGGGUGAAAGCAUGGCACUGAUUUGAAAGCGUGGCGCUCAUGAGAGGAAGCAGCUGACUGGUCAGUGAUGAGGUGUUCAAGGGAUGCACACUAGCAGAACAACUAGAAGGGAUACAAAACUACUGGAAGAGCCAGCUAGCAUUGUUUAAAAUGAACAACCUUAUUUUCUAUACACAGUGCAAUGUAAGAUGAUGUUGUUAUUAUUAUGUGUCUAUUUAGCAGACACCUUUAUCCAAGGAGACUUGGAGACUAGGGUGUG